AUGCAACGACGAGCUGAUCUACCUCUUCCACCCGCACCACUCCCUGUCACCAUGCCCCCCUUCCUCUUCUUUUCUUCAUCCCAUCACCAGGUGCACAUAACCUGCGUCGCCUACUCACCACACGAUGAGCUCCUCGCCUCAUACAACGACGAGCUCAUCUACCUCUUCCACCCGCACCACUCUCUGUCACCGUGCCCCCCUUCCCCUUCGUCUCUUCUUUUCAUCCCCAGGGAGGAGGCAGCAGUGUGUGGCAGGGGAGAAGAGGGGGAUGGAGGGGCAAGAGAGAUGGCAGAUAAGAGGAGGCGAGAGUGUGAUGCUACGGGGGGUGAUAGAGGUGGUAGAGGGGGUGACAGGAGGGAAGGAGGUGAGGAGAUGGAGGAGGGCGAUGGGAGGGAGAGGGACAAGGGUGAGAGGGAUGAGGGGGAGAGGUGGGGCGAGCAGAUGCAGGAGGAGUCUCGAGGAAAGGUAGGGUACGGGCAGGUGGGCAGGGAGGGGCAAGGGGUAGCACACAUGGCAGAAAACAAUGAGGAUGGGGAGGGGGAAGGUGAGGGGCAAGAGGGCGAGGAAGGGGAAGAGGAAGAGGAAGAGGAAGCAGUGGGUGCAUAUGGGGACAGGAUAGAGGUGUACGCAGGGCAUCGCAACGAGAAGACAGUGAAGGGAGUGUCAUUCUUUGGGCCGCGGUGCGAGUACGUGGCGAGUGGGUCGGACUGCGGUCAUGUGUUUCUGUGGAGGAAGGUCGGUGGACAGCUCGUCGCCAUGAUGCCUGGUGACGUGCAUGUGGUCAACUGUCUCGAGCCCCACCCAUCAGCCACCAUUCUCGCCACCAGUGGCAUCGAAUCAACGGUCAAGAUCUGGGCUCCCACAGCAACAAUUCCCAAGGGCCUGCCAUCCAACGCAGAGAGCAUUAUGGAGGCAAACAAGCGGCGGCGCGAGCAGCCCUUUGGCGUGCCCAGAAUGGCUGCUGAUGUGGAGAUCCCGAGGCUGCGCCUGCAGCGGCAGCAUGCACAGCUGAUGGGCCAGGACCGGGUGGCGACUUUUGGCAGCUUGCUGGCGCUUGCUGCUGCAGUGGGAAGGCGGGGGGAGAGGAGAAGAGGGGGAGAGGGAGGAGGGAGGGAAGGAGGGAGGGAAGGGGGGAGGCGGGGGAGGGAGGGGGGAGCGGUGGAUGAGGGGAGGGAAGGAGAGGGUGCGAGGAGUAGGAGGAGGGUUACGAGUAACGGGGGGGGUGGGGGAGGUGAUGCAGAUGGGGAUGGAAAUGAUGGUGGUAUCAGUGGGGUAGGGAGGUUGGGAGGUGGGGAGGAAGGUGGUGGUCGCGACAUUCAAACUUCAGAUGCUGCAGAGGGUGCAGCAGAUGUGAGCCUGAGAGAAGCACUGAUUGCAAGGCUUGGUGAAAGAGCAGGCAUCCGCGACCUGUUUCCCUUUCUUGAGGAUGAUUAUAGCGAGGAUGAGAGUGAGGACGAGGAGUUUGAGGACGGAGAGGCGAUGGAGGAGGAAGACGAGGAGGAAGAGGAGGAUGAUCGGAGGAGGGGAUGGCAGAGGUGGCGAGGGAGAGGGCGGUCUGAGUGUAGAGUGAGUUAA